GGAUGGAAUCCAUUCGGUUUCAGACAUUCAAAUCGUCUACGUUAACCGCGAUUUUAUUGAAUAAAUUAUAGUUCUCCAGAGGGACUUGAAUUUCGUGGGUGGGACGAGUGGAGUCCAGCGGCGCUUUUGAUAAUCAAAAUUUCUCCAUUUCCAUCGACAUUGAUUUCCAUCGUCAUCGAUUCCCCAACUAAUAGAUAAUCCGCGGCACUCCCAACCUCCCACAACUCCGGAGAUAAAAAUCACCAGGGGAAAAAUAUUUCACUGGGACUAGUAGAAACCUCAUCCCCCGGUUACAAGAUGUCUGUGGAUUCAAGGUGGAUACCUUGUCGGCUGAAGAUCGAGCCAAGUGUCUGUACACCGGAGUACGACGGUAUAAUCCUUGUAUCGGGAACUUCACCAGGAGUCGAGGAGCCCGAACCCUUCAAGACUGUUCUGUACUGUGCAGCACAGAUCGACGAUGCCCUUCAGAACAUUGGCGCUGUUUUACCCAUCAAUCUACCAGCCAGACGUCUUAUCUACAGUCCAACUGGACCACUCAAUAUGGACUACCAUGAUGUCAGGAGUUUCUCCGAGGCUGCGAUUAGGGGGAUUCAGAGAGCACUAAAAGCUGGUGUGAGAUGUCCAAUGAUCGUUCUACUUCCCGACUUACGCUUCGAGAAUGUAGAGCUGGUCACCCUUCUUGGUGCUUUGGAGGGUCUCUACGUUCCGCUGGAGGUGAGGGAGAGCCAUCCUGGUAGAUGCUACAAAGCCCAUCAACUUGGAGUCUGGAGUACCAUCUGCAGCCAGAAGCUCCAAGCCAUCGUGAAACUAGCAUCGGCACUAGAGAGUGGCAGAUACGUCGCAAGGGAUAUCGGUGGUGCAGAUCCUGAGCGCAUGACACCAACGAGGGUGGAAGAGUACAUAGCCGAGUUGUUUCACGGCUCAAACAUAAGCGUACAAGUCAUCAGCGAUGAGGAUACACUUCUCCAGGAGUAUCCUCUCUUCGCAACGGUAAACCGCGCUGCCUCGGUUAUUCCACGCCACCGUGGUAGGAUAAUAUUUCUCACUUACGAGCCGCAGAAUCCAGCCUGUGUAUUAGAGACCCUUCUACUUGUGGGUAAGGGUGUUACGUAUGAUACUGGCGGUGCUGAUAUCAAGAUUGAGGGAGGUAUGAUUGGAAUGUCGAGGGACAAGUGCGGCGCUGCUGCAUGCACCGGUUUCAUGCAGGUGGUGAACCUCCUUCAGCCACCAACAGUCAAGGUUGUUGCGGCGUUGUGUGUCGUACGGAAUAGCGUUGGGGAGAACAGUUAUGUCGCUGAUGAGGUGAUAACUGGAAAAUCGGGUAGAAGAGUUCGAGUGGUGAACAGCGAUGCUGAGGGACGGAUGGCUAUGGCUGAUGCCCUCUUUCACAUCAAAGAGAUGGCCCUUUGCUCUGUUAAUCCUCAUAUAUUCACUGUUGCCACCUUAACUGGUCAUGCUAAACUUGCGGCGGGCACCGGAUACUCUAUUGUAAUGGACAAUGCGGUAGCGAGACAGUCGAGUAAUGCAGAGAAACUCCAGGCAUCCGGUGAGACGAUGGGCGAUCCAUUUGAAAUAUCGAGAAUACGUCGUGAGGAUUUUAGGUUUCACGAGGGUCGUGCUGAAGGCGACGACGUCAGACAAGCAGCAAAUGUACUCAGUACGAAACUUGAGCGGGGCCAUCAGGGUCCCGCUGCUUUUCUUAUCAUGGCUUCCGGCUUGGACAAGCACGGGUUAGGGGCUGACAGGCCUUUGAGAUACAGCCAUUUGGACAUCCAUGCGAGCGCACGUCGAUUACCUGAUCAGCCUAGUGCUACACCAGUCCUGGCACUUGCUAAACGUUUCCUAAUUGACGGAAAGGCCCUUUAAACACCUCAAUACCACAUCAGCUGAUUAUCAUCACUGUUUACAGUGGAAUUCCGUUAUAGUCGCAUCUCUCCUUAAUUUAUUUUUUCGCGGGUCUUUGGGUUACCUCUCUAUAUUACUACCGGGUUACACGAUCUAAACGAUCCACGUAUACUUGAAAGCUGCCAAGGAAAUAUUUCUUGAUAGUUAAUGAAUAAUACAGUUCAGGCGGGCGAGUCAAAUCAAAUAUAUUCGCCCUGGUUGACCACGAAUAAUAUUUAAUUAAGUAGAAAAAAUCGUAAACUGAAAAUACGGACUUCUGCGGAGUAAUUAAACCCUAUAAAAAU